UGUCCGGUCUUCUUUUCAGAAGAACCGGAAGUAAGACGUUCCUUUUCCGUUUUAAACCCGGCGCUUAGCAGCACGCGCAUGGAGUAUUGAAAUAUACGUAGGUCUAAUACGCGGAUCUUUAUUAAGAAGAUACAGAGUGAGCGAGAUUAUCAAGCAUGAAACCCAUCCUUCUGCAGGGCCAUGAAAGGUCCAUCACUCAGAUUAAAUACAACAGAGAGGGCGACCUGCUGUUCUCCGUGGCCAAAGACCAGUUUGUGAACGUGUGGUACUCAGUCAAUGGCGAGAGACUUGGCACUUACAACGGCCACACCGGAGCUGUGUGGUGUGUGGAUGUCGACUGGGACACGAAGCAUGUCCUGACCGGAUCCGCCGAUAACAGCUGCAGACUCUGGGACUGUGAAACAGGUAAACAGCUUGCCGUGCUCGAUACCAACUCGGCGGUGAGGACGUGCGGAUUCGACUUCAGCGGGAACAUCAUCAUGUUCUCCACGGACAAACAGAUGGGCUACCAGUGCUACCUGAACUUCUUUGAUCUCCGAGACCCUCAACAGAUCGAGGACAACCAGUCGUAUCUCUCGGUGCCGUGCAGCGAGUCCAAGAUCACGAGUGCGGUGUGGGGGCCUCUGGGGGAGUUUGUGAUCGCAGGACACGACGGAGAAAUCAACCAGUUCAGCGCCAAGUCUGGGGAUAUCCUGACGAAAGUGAAGGAGCACACAAAGCAGAUCAACGACAUCCAGUCCUCUAUAGACCUCACAAUGUUCAUCACGGCCUCUAAAGACUGCGCUGCCAAGCUGUUUGACUCGGCCUCUCUUGACCACAUCAAAACCUUCAAGACCGAGCGACCCGUGAACUCUGCCGCCAUCUCGCCCAUCAUGGACCACGUGGUCAUGGGAGGAGGUCAGGAAGCCAUGGAGGUCACGACCACUUCCACCAGGAUCGGCAAAUUCGAAGCCAGGUUUUUCCAUGCAGCCUACGAAGAGGAGUUUGGAAGAGUGAAGGGUCACUUCGGCCCGAUCAACUGUGUGGCGUUUCACCCAGAUGGCAAAAGUUACAGCAGUGGCGGUGAGGACGGUUACGUCAGAAUUCACUACUUCGAUCCUCAGUACUUCGAUUUCGAGCUCGAGGCGUAAAAUCACAGCCGACGUUCCCGUUUUAACAUCAGCUUAGCCACCAGAUACACGCAGGGGUUCAGUCACACAUACAGCCUCUUUUCUUUUUUUUUUUUACUUUACUGUUCACUUGGUUUCCAUGACCUGUGCGUUCGCUGGCUGGAAUAUUUAAUAAAUCAUUCUCCAUUAACAGAC